AUUCCUCAUAUUUAUAAACAAAAAAAACUCAGUUGUCAUUAAUCAAAAUUUAAUGUAGAAAAAAAUUUGACCCCAAAAAUUUAUAUUCAUUUCAUUAACCGCAUAUUUCAUCAUAAAAAAUGGCAAAAUUCGAAGUACCCGCCCCGAAUAAAUACAGCCUCCCUCCAGUCGUCGGUUAUCCGAAACAUGACAUUACGAAAUACCGCAACCCCCAAUACACCAUGUCACCAAAACUAAAACCUUUAGGUAAACCGUUGGGCCCGGGACCUUGUUACCAUUUAGAACGCCUCACGCGCGUAGGAAAAACUUCCCCUCCUGCCUAUUCGAUCAAAUCUAGAGCUAAACCCUUGAAACCAUUCGUCGGUCCUGGCGCGGGUGCUUAUAGUCCCGAAAAAUGCCCGCGAAUGAAAGAUCAACGACCGCCUUGUUACACUAUUAAAUCGAGAAAACCUCCCCUUACGCGAUUCGUAACCCCCGGUCCUGACAAAUACAUGCUUCCCACCACUUUAGGGUGUAAAGUUCCUGAUUUGUACAACAGACCUUGUUAUACCAUGCGACCCAAAAUAAAACCUUUGACGAAAUUCGAAACGCCAGGUCCUAAAUAUUCAAAUGUGAAUACGAAUUUAUACAAACAGAAACCUCCGAUGUAUACAAUACGACCUAAAGUUGGUUUAACUAAAAAGGAAACAUCCCCAGGACCUAAAUAUUACCCCAAAUUACCGAUUUGCGUUCAAGUUAAUGAAAGAGGGUAUUCUUUCGGUUUAAAAAUAUCGAAAACAUCCCCGUAUUAUACAGAAGAGGAUAAAGAAUCAGCUUGUUUAGAUUGAAUUUAUUAAAUUUAUAAAAACAGUUUUUUUUUGAAUGUGUGUAACAAGAAGUUUUAAGGUAGUUGCAUGACUUCGGUUUAAUAACAAAUUGGCGUCAUUAUUUUAAGAAAAAACAUAUAAAUUUUUAUUAUUAAUUUCGUUGAUAAUUAUUUUUUACAUAAUGCAGACAUUAUUUCAGUGAAAAAUGUGAAUAUAAAUUUUUGUAAAUUAACUAUGAGAUGAAGAAAUAAAUUUUUUGGGUCAAAA